CCUAGCUAUUGUACUAUUGAUUUUUAAAAUCUCUUCAUGUAGUUGGACUUUGACCAGAGGAAGAGUCUUCGAGUGCUUGCUCACCAAGCAAAGCAAAGCAGAGCAACGCCUCCCCUCCCCUCUGGAUGAAAGGUGAAUCAACCAACAAUGCCCAUGUGGUUGAUCCCCCGCCAGCUUGCCCUGCACGCAUGCUCCUCCUCUUUUUAUUCUUCAGUUGAUCCGCAGGAAUCCCCCCACCACCACCUCUCUCACCCCCCCGCCUUUCAAAUACUUAUCACACGUAUCUAAUAUCUUAUAAACAGAACAGCAGUGUCGCUAGCUCACUAGCAAGCUAGCUCUUUCUUGGCUUGAUUCGAUCGAGCUUACGUCCCUCCAGAUAACAAGUCCGGCGGGCGUUGGGACGACACGAUGCCAACGGAGAAUGAGGCAUCGUCCACGUCUGGAAGCAGAGAGGAGUCGCAAAGGGAAUCGGCCAACUCGGUGCCCUUUUAUAAACUCUUCGUCUUUGCUGAUUCUGCUGACAAGCUAUUGAUGAUCGUUGGCUCGAUUGGUGCCAUCGGGAAUGGCUUGUCCCUCCCUCUUAUGACAAUCCUUUUUGGUGACCUGAUUGAUUCUUUUGGGCAAAACCAAAGCAAGGGUGUUGUUUCGGUUGUCUCAAAGGUAGCACUAAAGUUUGUCUAUUUAGCGCUGGGAUGUGGUGCGGCGGCAUUUCUCCAGGUGGCCUGCUGGAUGAUCACUGGGGAAAGGCAGGCGGCACGGAUUAGGAGUCUGUACUUGAGGACAAUAUUGCGACAGGACGUGGCUUUCUUUGAUAAGGAAACCAAUACAGGGGAAGUGAUAGGAAGGAUGUCUGGCGACACCGUACUGAUCCAAGAUGCCAUGGGCGAGAAGGUUGGCAAGUUUAUGCAGUUGGUUGCCACGUUUCUGGGCGGCUUUGUGAUUGCGUUCAUCGAAGGAUGGCUUCUUACUCUUGUCAUGCUCUCCUCUAUUCCGCUGAUGGUUAUAUCCGGUGCAAUCAUGUCCCACGUUCUAUCCAAGAUGGCAUCCCGUGGUCAAAAUGCAUAUGCUAAGGCUGCCAUUGUGGUUGAGCAGACAAUCGGCUCCAUUAGAACCGUUGCCUCAUUUACCGGGGAAAAGCGAGCUGUGGCUGACUAUGAGAAGUCACUCAUUAAAGCUUACCAAUCAGGUGUUCAGGAAGGGUUGGCCAGUGGCCUGGGGUUUGGGGUCGUCAUGUGCAUCAUAUUCUGCAGUUAUGCUUUGGCCAUUUGGUUUGGUGCGAAGAUGAUCUUAGAGAAGGGUUACACCGGCGGUGAGGUGCUCAAUGUCAUCAUUGCUGUGUUGACUGGCUCUAUGUCUCUGGGGCAAGCAUCUCCUUGCAUGACCGCAUUUGCAGCAGGGCAAGCUGCAGCCUUCAAGAUGUUUGAAACAAUAAACAGGCAACCUGAAAUAGACGCAUAUGAUACCAGGGGAAAAGUGCUUGAAGACAUUCGUGGACACAUAGAGCUAAAAGAUGUCCAUUUCAGCUAUCCAGCCCGGCCAAACGAACAAAUAUUCAGAGGAUUCUCCCUCAUCAUUCCCACUGGCAUGACGGCAGCUUUGGUUGGUCAGAGUGGGAGCGGGAAAUCAACUGUGAUUAGUUUGAUAGAGAGAUUUUAUGACCCACAAUCUGGUGAAGUAUUCAUUGAUGGGAUUAAUCUUAAAGAGUUCCAGCUCCGGUGGAUCAGGUCAAAAAUCGGUCUAGUUAGUCAGGAACCCGUCCUCUUCACGGCCAGCAUCAAGGAUAAUAUUGCAUACGGAAAGGACGGUGCAACCACUGAGGAGAUUAGAGCAGCGGCAGAACUGGCGAAUGCUGCGAAAUUCAUAGAUAAAUUGCCCCAGGGGCUGGAUAGCAUGGUCGGUGAGCAUGGAACUCAGCUUUCUGGUGGGCAGAAGCAGAGAGUUGCUAUUGCCAGAGCAAUUCUAAAGGACCCAAGAAUAUUACUGUUAGAUGAAGCAACGAGCGCACUAGAUGCAGAGUCUGAAAGAAUUGUGCAGGAGGCUUUGGACAGAAUUAUGGUGAACAGAACCACCGUUGUAGUUGCACAUCGCCUGAGCACAGUAAGGAAUGCCCAUAUGAUUGCAGUCAUUCAUCAAGGAAAGAUGGUUGAGAAGGGUACACAUGCUGAGCUUCUUCAGGACUCUGAGGGGGCAUACGCUCAACUCAUACGCUUACAAGAAGAAGUAAAUGAAAACCACCAGGCUGACGACAAAGGAAAAUCAGACGUCACUCUGGGUUCCGGUCGGCGGUCAAGCCAAAAGAUGUCACUCAUCCGCUCCAUAAGUAGAGGGUCUUCUGACAGAGGAAACAUCAGUGGUCGUAACUCAUUAUCAGCAUCAUCAUUUGGUAUGCCUGCAGCACUGAACCCGACCGACUCAGCAUCAGAUAAUCAUAAUGCAUACAGUACCUCCUCACCUGAAACAUCUCAAAAGCCUCCCAAGGUACCUAUUCGACGCCUCGCCUAUCUAAACAAGCCUGAGCUUCCAGUGAUGAUAGUGGGUGCCCUAUCGGCCAUCCUUAAUGGGGCCAUAAUGCCUAUUUUUGGUAUAUUAAUAUCAAGUGUCAUCAAAACCUUCUUUGAGACACCGCAUAUACUACGAAAGGAUUCAAAGUUUUGGGCCUUAAUGUUUGUGGUUCUUGGAGUGGCAUCAUUAGUUGCGUAUCCAGCCAGGACGUAUCUUUUCGGUGUGGCAGGGAACAAGUUGGUGAGGAGGAUUAGAUUAAUGUGUUUCGAGAAGUUGGUUAACAUGGAGGUUGGUUGGUAUGAUGAGCCUGAAAAUUCAAGCGGGAUGAUUGGAGCAAGGCUUUCUGCUGAUGCUGCGAGUGUCCGUGCUCUGGUUGGCGACUCACUUGCGCAGAUGGUGCAAGAUUUAUCCUCUGCCAUUGUUGGGCUUGCUAUUGCUUUUGAAGCUAGUUGGCAGCUGGCACUGAUCAUCCUUGCUAUGAUUCCUCUGAUAGGAUUGAGUGGAUAUGUGCAGAUUAUGUUCAUGAAGGGUUUCAGUGCAGAUGCGAAGGUGAUGUAUGAGGAAGCAAGUCAAGUUGCUAAUGACGCUGUGGGGAGCAUACGUACCAUUGCAUCCUUCUGCGCAGAAGAGAAGGUGAUGGGGCUCUACAGGAAGAAGUGCGAGGGUCCAAUGAGCAAUGGGAUCAAACAAGGGUUGGUCAGUGGUGUGGGCUUUGGUUUGUCCUUCUCGCUGUUGUUCCUGGUCUACGCCACCAGCUUCUAUGCGGGAGCCCGGCUUGUCGAGGAUGGGAAAAUUACCUUCACAGAUGUGUUUCGUGUUUUCUUUGCCCUGACAAUGGCGGCAAUGGCAAUCUCACAAUCAAGCUCACUGGCGCCAGAUUCGACCAAAGCCAAGAGCGCAGCGGCCUCCGUAUUCGCCAUUCUCGACAGAAAAUCCAAGAUCGAUCCAAGCGAUGACUCGGGAUUGAAGCUGGAGAGUCUGAAGGGGGAAAUUGAACUGAGGCACGUGAGUUUCAGGUACCCGAGCAGGCCGGACGUUGAGAUUUUCAGGGAUCUGUCCCUGACCAUACGCAGCGGCAAGACGGUGGCGCUGGUUGGGGAGAGCGGGAGUGGGAAAUCAACGGUCAUCUCUUUGCUGCAGAGAUUCUACGAUGCGGACUCGGGGCAGAUCACGAUUGAUGGGACGGAGAUCCGCAGGUUCCAGCUGAAGUGGCUGAGGCAGCAGAUGGGACUGGUGAGCCAGGAGCCGGUGCUGUUCAAUGACACCAUCCGGGCCAACAUCGCCUACGGGAAAGGAGAAGGAGAAGCAGCAGCAAGCGAGGCUGAGAUCGUGGGCGCGGCGGAGCUGGCCAACGCCCACAAGUUCAUCAGCGGGCUGGAGAAGGGGUAUGAGACGGUGGUGGGCGAGCGAGGGGUGCAGCUGUCGGGGGGCCAGAAGCAGCGGGUGGCGAUCGCCCGGGCGAUGAUGAAGAGCCCAAAGAUCGUGCUGCUGGACGAGGCGACGAGCGCCCUGGACGCAGAGUCGGAGAGGGUGGUCCAGGAUGCGCUGGACCGGGUGAUGGUGAACCGCACCACGGUGGUGGUGGCCCACCGCCUCUCCACCAUCAAGGGGGCCCACAUGAUCGCCGUGGUGAGGAACGGGGCGGUGGUCGAGAAAGGGAGCCACGAGGCUCUCAUCGGCAUCAGGGACGGGUUCUACGCAUCCCUGGUCUCCCUGCACAACAGCGCUGCUAAUGUUGCUGCCCUGCCGCUGCCCCCCGCGACUUCAGAGGCCUGACUCACUGAUCUCGCCUGCCUGCCUGCCUGACGGACGUCUAACACCAUUCUAGUUCUAACUCUAAUUCUAUUCUAAUUGUAUUGUGUUUUGUUGUCUCUUCGUUUUGCUUUCUCUUCCUUCCGUUGGCAGGAGCUCUUGUUUUGUUCUAUGUACGUCAGUCACCUUUCCAACUAGCUAAACAUUUUCCUUUUUGUAUGUCAGUGUGUAAAUAUAAUCUAUCCCUCCUGAGUCCGGGGUCCCGACACUUCUGUCUUGUGGCAUUCCUCAUUCAUGCGGCGCAACUAAGUAUAUAUAUGAGGAUGAUGCUGAUGAUGAUCUCUGCAUUUGCUCCUCUCAUCCCAUGUGUAAGGUAAAACAAGGAUGAAGUAAACAAGAGACAAAGAAGUUGAAUGAUGAGCUUCACUAUUUGGCUCUAAUUUCAGUGAGCAAACAAGAGACAAGGUAGUUUGUAAGUCAGACUAGAUGUCAUGAAUUUUCUAAUGGGAAUAGAUGACUCAUAUGAUGAGUCUAGAAA